AUGUCUCCUUACUCACUUGUAUUUGGUAAAGCAUGUCAUCUUCCUGUAGAGUUGAAGCAUAAGGCAUUUUGGGUAGUAAAGAAGUUGAACAUGAAUCCGGAUGCGGCAGGCAUUCAACGCAAGCUUCAUCUCAACGAGCUCGAAGAAUGGCGAAUGAACGCAUAUGAAAACAACAAGAUCUAUAAGGAAAAGACAAAGCGUUGGCACGACCAACGGAUCAGCAAGAAGAUACUUGUUGUCGGUCAGAAAAUUUUAUUAUUCAAUUCAUGCUUGCAUCUGUUUCCAGGGAAAUUGAAAUGUAGAUGGUCCGGGCCCUUCAUAAUUAAAAUGAUCUUUCCCUACGGUACUGUGGAAUUAAUGCGAAAAGAUGGCACUGAUGCAUUCAAAGUAAAUGGCCAAAGGGUUAAGCCAUACUUUGAAGACGAAGUGGAACGCCAAAAGUCAUCUCUUGCGCUACACAAGACAACUUGA